AUGGAUAAGGGUUUCGUAUAUAAGGAAAGGAAAGCGAUCGGCGUUAGUUCAGGAUUGCCUAUAAGUCAUCGUGGGUCCCAUGGCCAUCCUAUACCGCCUGAGCCACGGUUUAAUGGAGUUUUCGACAGCGAUUACAAUCACGAGGAAAUUGCUAGUAACAUAAAAUAUUGGAGUCCGAAUGAUCUACAAAAUGUUUGGGAAUUAAGCGGUUUACAUGAAGGUGAUAUCAUGAUACAUCCCGAUAGCCCAUCGUGGAAAAAUGGUCUUCUAGAUGCUACAGCACGAUGGCCUGGCGGUGUCGUGCCCUAUUUCAUACAAGAAGAUGACUUUGAUCGGGAUCAAAUCGAACUAAUCAAAGAAGCCAUGCAGGAGUAUCAUGAGAGAACAUGCUUACGUUUUCGACCUUACAAGGAUACUGACGAUGAUUACGUGACGAUACAGGCGAAAAAGUCGGGCUGCUGGUCCUUGGUAGGUCGUCACGGUCACGGACAGGUGUUGAAUCUACAGAAUCCGGGAUGCGUUCAUCACGGUGUUGUCGUGCACGAGCUCAUGCAUGCCUUAGGCUUUUACCAUCAGCAGAGCGCCGCGGACCGAGACGAGUGGGUCACCAUACAUUGGGAGAACAUCAAGUCGGGUAGGGAGCAUAAUUUCAACAAGUAUGACAAUCGCACUGUCACCGAUUAUGGUAUCGCCUAUGAUUACAAGAGUGUCAUGCACUAUAGCUCCCACGCAUUCUCUAGAAAUGGAGAACCUACCAUUACGCCGAAGAAAGAGAAGGUGCAACUUGGUCAACGAGACGGACUCAGCAAAAAGGACGUGGCUAAAGUACAAGCAAUGUAUAAAGAGCAAUGUGGCGAUCGUAAACCAGAAGGAAACGGCGGCAAUUCUUCUGAUUCUUCCGAAGAAAUUUCUAUAGGAUGGCUAUUCAAUUAAAAAUUCACGUUUUUAAAUAAUCGAAUUCUAAAAUGUAUAAUAAAGCGUACCAACAAAUAUCUAUAUAGUAUGUUUCCAUGUUUUUAGAU